UCUUGCUUAUUUUUUCCCCUGGGUUUAGCUAUAUUGCUAGUGUACUGUUACUGUACGAAUGACUGAGUUAUUAAUGCGUCGGCCCUUAAAUGCUCGCAUAGCUUACUAGCAGGCAAACUCAGAACAAGCUCGAUUUUUCUAAAUUCUUUAACAAACGUUGCAAGUCGAUGUCUAAAGUACUUUAGGCUUAAGUCAUAUUAUCAGGAAAAACUCUACCAGUAGUAGUGUCUGGUGUAUUUUUAUUUCCUCUAUUGCAGUUUAUUUGGGGCUGAUAAUGCAGGAGCUUGAUCAGGCUGUCACAAUCGGAGCGACUGUUCCGACCGGAUUCGAGCACACUGCAGCUGAGGAGGUCCAGGAGAAGCUUGAGGCCACUGCUAGAGUCAGCAAAAACAGAGGAAGAAUUUAUUUUGAUAUAACAACAGACAAGCUUCUUAAGGUACAUCAGCUGAAGUCUCUAGACAAUCUGUUUGUUGUGGUAAAAGAAUAUGACGACUACCAAUUCAAAACCACAAAGGAGGAAGUGCAAAUGGAUUGGCAAGAGCUGGCCGCCAAGUUGCCUUGGACCAGUGCCUUGGAAGUCUGGAAGUUGAACAAUUCUAUAAAAAAGAAGAAAGGACGUCGGAAAAGAACUAACCCCACAAAAUCAGAUCAGUGUGGCAAUGUUGGCACCAAAUCAACUGAUACUGUCCCAUCAGAUCCAGAAGAGCUCUGGGAAGAUCUUGAGGCUCUAGAAGUGAAGGGAAACCAAAGAGAUGUUUCUUCUCAGCCAGAAAAUGAUUCUGAGGAAGAAAAACACUCUGAAAUCCAGGAUCAGGAGUCAGGGGUGACACCUCUUAAGUUUCGAGUAACAUGCAACAGAGCCGGAGACAAACACUGCUUCACCUCAAAUGAUGCUGCACGAGACUUUGGAGGAGCUGUGCAAGAAUUCUUUCAGUGGAAAGCAGAUAUGACUAAAUUUGAUGUUGAGGUGCUGUUGAAUAUCCACAAUAAUGAAGUUGUUGUUGGUAUUGCUCUCACAGUGGAGAGUCUACAUAGGAGAAACAUCACUCACUUUGGCCCGACUACUCUACGUUCUACACUGGCUUAUGGCAUGCUUAGACUUUGCAAGCCACAAGUGUCAGAUGUGAUUGUAGAUCCCAUGUGCGGAACUGGAGCAAUACCUUUAGAGGGAGUUAUGGAGUGGCAGAAUUCAUUCUUUUUAGCUGGAGACAACAAUGGCACAGCAGUCAGCCGAUCUGUCAAUAAUAUCAAGCACAUUCUAAAGAGAACACAUGAUGGAGGAAGGAUCAUGUCUUAG